AUGAAGACCGGUGUUCCCACUGUCCUCCGUCAUACACUCUCAAUCGCCCCAGACAGAACUUCACCAGCGGCUCUGCACUCCCUGUCCGACAGCCUUCCCCAUUCUGCUGCCCCCUCCGAGGUUGAUGCCAACGACUGUGGAGUGCGAUCAUCGAUGCUGCGGUCCCUGCUGGCCUCUGCCUGCAGUGCUGCUGUGCAUAAGCUGUCACAGAGGCUGCUCUCUGCCAUCGAUGUCAGGGCUGCGCUGCAGAAUGACAAGCUGGGAAUGUUCCAAAGCCGGGAAAGGUUUCCUGACGUGGUGACCUGCAGAGAAGGUGUCAAGGCCGCUGAGGCAGGACUGCAGGACUUGCUUCCCAGGCUAUCUCGUCAGAUCGGUGUCCCAUGCCUCCAGUAUGUGUCCAUUCAGAACCAAGGUGACUUCUUGGUCGAGCUGCCUUCAGAUUUUCGGGGCAGUUUGCCAAAUUGGGAAAAGGUCUGCAGUACCAAGAAGGUGAACAGGUAUCACCCUCCAGAGGUGAAGCUGGGCAUAAGUCGGCUUGAGCAGGCAAGGGAUCGCCUGGAGAAGGCAGGUUCGGUGGCAUGGGCGGGCUUCAUCUCAGAAUUCUCUGCUGACUACUGCUCAUGCAGGGCAGCUGUGCAAGCACUCGCUGCCCUGGAUGUCUUGCAGGGGUUUGCCGUGCUUGCACAGUCCUCAAACUACUGCCGGCCACAGUUCGUUGGCCCUGCAGACGUCCCCAUGCUGUCCAUACGGAACGGCCGGCACCCAGUUCUGGAUGGGCUGCUGGGCGAUGGUGCGGUGCCAAAUGAUGUGCUUUUAGGGGGCCAGGGACCAUGCUCCGCAAUCGUGACUGGUCCCAACAUGGGCGGCAAGAGUUGCUACAUCAAGCAGGCUGCGCUGACAGUCGUCAUGGCCCAGAAACCAGCCAGGCUUCGCAUCAGGCCAGGCUUCGCCAGGCAUGGCACGCGGGGCUUCCCACCUGGCAAGCUCCCUUCGGCGCAAACGCAGCAAGUACAGCGAAAAUGCUGUGCAUGUUAG